AUGUUCCCAGCUACAGACUGUGGCAUUAUUACUAGUAAUUUUUACAAGAAACUGCAAGAUGGAGAACCUGGAGAAACUUUUGCCCUAAAUCUGACAGUAGAGUGCCCUUUAAGGGGCGGGGGUCUUAGGCGCCCAGGGGGCGGGGCCCAAAGCAGGGGCGGGGAUCGGCUCUCCUUUCCCAGACUACACUGGGCGCGGCGCUGGCUGGUCGGCCACGUCCCCGGGCCACGUCGCUCUCUCAUCUCGCCAUUUUCGCCGCUUUCUUUAGGGGCAGCAACUAAACCGCCGCCGCCGCCGCGUCCCUUCCCCGUCCCGCCAGCAGUCGCAGCGCCCGCUCGCAGCUCGCCCUCGGCUUUGCUCGCUCCUGCCGUCGCCGCCAUGAACAUCUUCCGGCUGACCGGGGACCUGUCCCACCUGGCGGCCAUCAUCAUCCUGCUGCUGAAGAUCUGGAAAACCCGCUCCUGCGCCGGUAUUUCUGGGAAGAGCCAACUUCUGUUUGCACUGGUUUUCACUACUCGUUAUCUGGAUCUCUUUACUUCAUUUAUUUCACUGUAUAAUACAUCUAUGAAGGUGAGCCAAGGAGCAUGCGCAGCGCGGGGUCAACGAAGCCCCGGAUCGCUAUUUAGGACUCCCGGAGAACCGUGGAUCCGGAAGCCAGGCGGAGGCGGUUUCCGGGCUUGUGUGUGCGUAGUCCCCCCCGUCGCCUGA